AGGGGCGAAUGAGAAAAUUAACAAUAUAAAGGGAAAGGCGAAAGGGGGCAUUGGCUCGAUCUAUCUCUACAGUCUACACAUUACAUAUGCAUGUAGGCUUAAUGUGUCGUGUAAAACCAACAAAAGUGACUUCCCAUCCACAACCCUAAACCAAACCUCCCCCACUUUCUUAUUCUGUUGCUGCUCUUUUCUUCUACCCCUAUGUAAAUUAGCUUCAUCUGGACUUCUCUUUCUAAUUCUCUGCGUUUUUCUGGCCUGUCCGUCGCCAAGAAGAAAUUCAUUUCAUUCUCACACCUCUAACUCGAUCGGUUACUUCUAUUAAUUCUUCUUCCAUGGACGAUUCUGGAGCCGGUUCUAGUGACGAUGCCAAGAGUAGUACUUGUCCACGUGGACACUGGAGGCCCGCCGAGGAUGAAAAGCUCCGGCAACUGGUGGAACAGUACGGUGCUCAAAACUGGAACUCGAUUGCAGAGAAGCUUCAAGGAAGAUCGGGGAAGAGUUGCAGAUUGAGGUGGUUUAAUCAACUUGACCCUAGAAUAAACAGACGGCCGUUUACGGAGGAGGAAGAAGAAAGACUUCUUGCGGCUCAUCGAAUUCAUGGAAACAAGUGGGCUUUAAUAGCGAGGCUAUUCCCGGGUCGAACGGAUAACGCCGUGAAGAACCACUGGCAUGUGAUAAUGGCAAGAAAGCAAAGAGAACAAUCCAAGCUAUGCGGAAAGAGAAGUUAUCAAGAUGUUUACAAUAAUGACUCUAAAAGCUCUAGUAAUUUCCACGAAAGGAAAGCAGUAUCAUCUCAAGGAGAAUUUAGCUCAAGAAACCUUGGGUGUGAGAGUAGCGCCAGAUUUUUUGAAUUCCGAAACCCCAGUAAAGAGAGGAUAUUCGCGGAUUCACCUUCCAGUACUUGUUCGCUUUCUUGGAACUUUGCAUCAAUGGCAACUGUGCCAAGCAACUCACCCAGUUCUAAUCACUGGGUUUCGGAGUACUCAAAAAGUAGUUCAUCAGAUCAAUAUGAUCUUUGUAGGUAUCAUCCAAAUGCUUCUGUAUACGGCGGCUAUCGGCGAGUUUCCGCCGCUACAUUUGGACGUCCAAACUACACCAAGGUUGUCCCAAGUCCCUUUGGCUACCUUAACCUUGGUAAUCAUGAUUACGAACCCAAUGGAAGGAUCCGGAGAGAUUUAGUGAGUUUUUGCGAUAACUCGCCGACAUUAGCGACGUUGAGGUUGCCUGCGGAGCAAGAGCAAGGAGAUGACUCUAUUGAUCAACACAAGGAUAAUAUCCCCUUCAUUGAUUUUCUUGGUGUGGGAAUCUCUUCUUGAUCACAAGAAAGCCUUUUUAUUUAACUUUUUAAAAUAUUUUUAUAUAUAUUAAUUAUGGUUGCAGUUUCA